AUGGAUAUUAACAACGAGAAUUCCGAUGAUCCACCGGACGGAUUUUUGGGAAAAAUCGUUAACGAAUCAUGGAAUAUCAUACAAUCGGCGAAGGAAAUAAAAAAAUCGAUGGAGAAGAAUGGAAAGAUCGAGCCCGAAAAGACACUUAACGAGCUCGUUCGAAAAAGUGAGGACGAUGAUGAUGACCUACAAGUUCUAUCGGAAGAAGAAGUGCACGAAUUUUUGAAGGAACUUGAAAGUCCCGAUUUUUCCGAAGAUUCAAAUUUCCCGCCGAACCGUAGACUUGAGGAAUCUGGAGCGAUCACACCUUCAGAUUCGCUCCCACCGUCGCGAGCCACGCCAAGAGGUCGCCAUACAGCAUUGGAAAUGCGCAAAAUAAAAGAGACGCCGGGCGGACUUAUAACUGUGAAAAGGGAGCAAAACCGUAAUAAUUCGAAACGAUACUUGGAGAGGAAAAAAUUAACGAAGGAAGGUCUAGAAGACUCGAUUUUUGACCUGAAAGCGGAAUCCGAAGAACUCAGAAAAUCGAUUGAUUCGAUGGGAAUUGCCGACAAUUUUUGGAUAAAGAAAAAGAACCAAUUGGCACACACGAUUUUUGAGAAACGGAACGAUGGAAGGCUGAAAAUAAAAGAGGAUGUCCAUAAAUUCGAAACCAAACUGGAGCAAAUCGCUGAAGAUAAAGUGAGCAGCACCAUCAAGCCAGGAACCCUUGGUGCUCGAAAAACUCGUGCCGGUCAAUCUCUCGAAACUGCUAAGCUAAAAUUGAAAACAUACCAACUGGAGACGACAAUCGAGCAACUGAAGGCGAUUAAAGCAUUGCUAGGCAGGCAUGCGACCGGUCCAAUCCCGCUUCAGUGUCAUGGUCCUUCUGGAAGAUUUGAAGAGAAUGCUCAGCUCCAUGAGAUUGGCGACACCUCCGGCGACACCUCCUCGGACGCGGGCGCACCGGAUGACCUCUCAGUGGAGGAGCAUGAGUCCGAUGACGGAAACGGUCCGCCGCCAUUGUCACCGCAUCACCCGACUACAAAUGAUCAUCGCAAUUUCACGGUGGGGGACUACUCCGUGGAAUGCGCUGUUAAGACAGAGCCCAGCACAUCGCCGCCUAAUGCCGACCGUUCCUUGGAAUUCCCGGGGCUUGGCUGCUCCCUUGCCCCGAGAUUGUCCAACGGCACUUCUAGUAAACCAUUUACUUCCCGAUCAUCCCCGACUGGCUCCCGGCAUCAAGCGCAUUCUGGCAUCGGCACAUCAGCAGGGACGCCACAGCACCCCGGCGCUCGCCCAGAUGAAGGAUUCCGCCAGAACCUCACGCACAGCGUCCAACCAACUGCCAAAUCCUCUCCGACUGGUCAUUUUGGCCCCGGGAUGCCUGCCUAUACGCCGUGCUGCGCUUUGCCCGCGCGAUCGGCAGGCAUGCCAACGCUCCGCGUUAUGUCGCAUACCAAAUCACCCACUUACAAUACAAAUAUAGGGCCUCCACCUUUCCGCCUCCAGGACCCGGGCCUCAAGGCCGCCCUCGACGCCUCUACCAGGGCCUCAACGCCGCGCGUAAUUGCCAAACCACUCAUUUACCUUAAAAAAAGAGGGCCUCCCUCACCACCGCCCGUAUCUACCAAUGGGAGGAAUAUGACCGCUCAGCACACCGGCGACCGCUCGGCUGAAGGCUCUACUCAGCAGGGCUUUCGCCGGAUAUCAACGCAGGAUUAUUAUAACGAGAAAGAUGUCAAGCCAUCGAUGUACCCACCCAUGCUACGUCUAAGCCCACAUCCUGCCAUCAGCUCGUUCGGUGGUACUUCGGGAGGACCAAGUGGCCGCGCUGGCGCAGAGAGUUCUGCCGGACCUCCGGUUGCUCAUCAGGACAGGUCGGGUAGCAUGUUAGCCGCGUACACCGCACGCCACCAGGCGGAAGCCGCCUCCCAGCCGACGAAUUACGGCACCAAAAGAGAGCCUCAGCCGGGCCACUACGGCUGUACAGUAACCCCCACACUGCCUCCUACGGUGCGUCAGAGGCCCGCGCAGCUCCAUGGCGCAGGGGAUGCAUGGCAGUAUCACUUCAACAAAAGAGCACUGCCAGCUGGUAAUCGUCGCACUCAGGCAGGCUCGUAUCUAGCUCCCAGUGGACCAGCACACUGGCAAGGUAGAGAGUCCAUCAGUAGAAAAAGAACCGCCGUCUCUGAGGGAUCACUUGAGCUUCUUGACGGAGCUGCCACGUCAUCGCCGAGAAAACGAGCAUAUACGCUCCAUGGAAAAUUAGAAAGCAUGGACAAAGGAUCGGGAUUUAAUCAAUAA